AUGCGUGGUUAUAGGACAAUGGCAAGAACAAGAUCUAGUGCUGGAACUAGCGGCGGUCGUGGAAGAGGCCGUGGUGAAAACGAAGACUCCGGUCAAGGUCGUGGUAUUGGUCGAGGGACUGGACGGAGUGGAGGCCGUAGUAUUGGUCGUGGCACUGGGCCUGAGGUAGUCCAAGGUGUCGGCCGUGGUACUGGUCGUGGAAAUGAACAGGUUGGAGGUCGAGGUACUGGUCGUGGUGCAGGCCGCGGUGGCGGCCGAGGUAGUGGUCGUGGACGUGGUCGUGGUGAAGCUGAAAAUGAAACUACUAAUGAGCAAGCUGGAAUGCAACCAGACCCAACCAUGAUUGCCAUGAUCACCCAAGUGGUUCAAGUGGCAGUUCAUCCUAACCAGCUGCAGAUUACUGGACCCAAUCAGAAUAGGGGCCAUCAGGCUCCAGCUGCUAGAGGUCGUGCUUUUGUUCUAAAUGCUGCUGAGGCUCGCAACGACCCGAACGUUGUUGCAGGACAUGUCGUGAGCAAGGAUGGAAUACACGUGGAUCCUAGCAAGAUUGAUUCAGUCAAGAACUGGAGAACACCAGAGACACCAACUGAAGUCAGACAAUUUCUUGGACUGGCUGGCUACUAUAGAAAGUUCAUCGAGAAUUUCUCUAAGAUUGCGUUGUCGCUUACGCAAUUAACUCAAAAGGAUAGGCCAUAUGUCUGGGGUGAAAAACAAUAG